AUGCCCACUCGACAGAAGCGAAGUCGGCUGGUUGCAGGAUGUCACCGAUGUCGCAGUGAUAUCGACUCUAGAGUCUGCCAGCCCUGCCAGGAUGCAGGAUCCGAAUGUGACCGAACCACCAUUCGUUUCCGGGAUGGAUUGACACUACCCGAUGGUAUCGAUGGAACCUUUCCAGGUCAAAACACCUGGCCACAGGUGCGUGGAAAGGUUCGUUUCCACGACGAGACUCCUGAAAUCGCCAGCCUCUACGUGAGUUCUUCAAAAGACGAUGCUAUUCUGCCCUACCAAGGUCUCAGAGAAACAUCUCUCGAGGAACAUACCAGUGUAUCCCACCCUCAUGGGAACUUUCAUCUCCAAGAGCCCCAUGUUGAGAGAACAUCGGCUCUGUCACCACAACAGCAACUCGCGAACAAUCUCUCUCCUUCUAGCCAAUCUCUAUAUUCUUCUCCAUCCAGGCCACCAGCUAGCUCUCAAAAUCUACAUAAAUUCACGCAAAGAGAGGCCAUACUGCUCCGCAACUUUGUGGAAAACAUGGCACUUUGGGCAGACAUAACAGACCCAUAUCGCCAUUUCGAAUCCGAAGUACCAGCCAGGGCUUUAAAGGAGCCAGUCUUACGCUGUGCCAUAUUUGCAUUCUCAUCACGGCAUCUGAACCGACAAAAUGAUAGUGAUCCAGCCGAGGCUUUGCAGUAUCACAAUGAGUGUGUGCAACUGUUAAUACCAGCGCUCUCUGAGCCAGAGCACAUUACCGAGGAUUUUCUCGCAGCUGUAGCGAUUCUCCGCCAGCAUGAAGAAAUGGAUGGUAGGCCCUCUCAGCCGUACUCUACAUUCAACAUCGCAAGGUCUCAUUUCCUUCUAGGCGAGGAUCACCAGUUCCAUCUGACAGGGACAACACACAUCCUCAAUUCGGUACAAAGCUUCGGCUCAUCGGGUGGCCUCGGUGAGGCAGCAGCCUGGUUAUGUCUCCGUCAGGAUAUCUAUGUGUCGUUGACUACCCAGCAGCCCCUGCGAACCAACUUGCAGAACUUUCAUGGCUCGGAUAUCUUCACUAGAAACGACGACUUUGCCUGGUCCAGCAGAAUGGUUUUCUUGCUAGCGAAGGCUCUUCAAAGCUCCGUUACUGAUGUAUCCCCAGACACUGCGAUUGGCGAGGAGGUUGAAGACUGGUAUACUUCAAAGCCGUAUACCUUUGAGCCAGUGAGAAUGGUGGCACGUGGAUCUGAAAUUGAUCAUCGAUUCCCCACAAUCUGGAUGCUUUUGCCAGUUCAUGUCAUUGGUCUCCAGUAUUACCACAUUGCGAAGAUUGUGCUAGCUCUAUCAGCAUCAGCCCCAAUAAACUCUGCUUACGAAAACUUCCGACAGACUCGACAAACCGAAAGAAACAUUCGUUAUCACUUACUCCGCAUUUUAGGCCUAGCCCAGUCAAAUGCCCGAGCAGAGAACACGCUAUUUACCGCGCGACAUAGUCUGGUAGCAUGGGGCUGGGUUCUACGGCAUCGCAGCGACCAGAAAGCAGCUGAGUGUCUAUUGCAUGAUAUGCAUGAAAGAACUGGGUGGAACAUGAAUACUUUGAUCCGAUCACUCCACCAGCAAUGGCAGGAUGAUGACGAAAGCAGCUGA